ACCAAAUUUCUUCGUCAUGUGGUUGAACGAACACAUAGUAAAACACGCACCGAAUCAGUCACGUAAGGACUAACAUCACGGUUUGCUCGCCUGCUUUGACCUAAAGCAACCAAUCAGGGUGUUCAUGCAGUUUGGCGAAGACAAAGUCACAAUUUUUUAACACUGUUCCAGUUCGGGAGAAUUGUUCUUUUCUCCUCCAUCUUUCGCAUGCCAAGUAAAGGCAGAAUAGGUAGCUUCUGAAGAGACAAGCGAAAAGGGACAAUACGGCAGAAGAGAUGGAUGGAGUCAAAGAUCAUUUGGCGAAAGCAACCGCGAUACUGCAAAUUAAAAUAAGUCAUUGAUAACGAUGAGAAAUCGACGCGUACUAGAUGUAAAGCCUGGACCGUUAGGAGUAUGCAUGGUACUAACUGUCCCUGAUGACUUGUUCAUAGAUUGGGUGAAGAUUGCAUACCUGACUUUCAGUUUCAGGUCAUGAAACUGGAAAUAACAGGGAAGGUCUGCAGAUUUUUUUUUUUCGAGAAUACAAAGUCUGCAGAAUUUAUUCGUAAUCCUCAGAGGGUAAAUUAACAUAGGUAGAAGUUAAUAUACAAAAAAACGAAAUCAAUUCCCGGAACUGUGUUAGCAAGAAGGGCUAUGUGGGAAGCUGCUAUGCUAAGGACGUCAAGUACAAGCCGUUGGGCGCCCUGUUACCUGAAGGUUUCAGCGGCAAGAUGUUCUAUGUGAAGCUUGUCCUCCUCGUUCUCAUGUGCGGCUCCUUCAUGGGCCUUCUCCACUCGCCAUCGAUCCACCAUGGCGACGACGAACACAACACGCAGUCCCCUGAAGCGUCGAAAGUGAUGUGGACAUCGAACGCCGAUCACAAGGACUCGGGUUACUUGUCGAACGUGAGGAUCGACUGGUCGCGGAUUUCCAUGGCGGUGCAAGAAGUUUCUAUAGCAGAAGAUCAGUUACGAGUAGGGCUCCUGAACUUCGACGGGGAGGAGAUGGACCAGUGGAGGACGCUGCUUCCGCGGGAUGCGGCCGUCUCCGCGGUGCACCUGGAGCGCGUCUCGAGCAACGUCACCUGGGAGCACCUGUACCCGGAGUGGAUCGACGAGGAGGAGCUGUACGCCGCGCCGACGUGCCCGGACCUGCCGGAGCCGGCGCCGGCGCCGGAGGGACUAGAGUACGACGUCGUCGCGGUGAAGCUCCCGUGCAGUGGCGCUGCGGGCUGGUCCAAGGACGUGCCGCGGCUGCACCUGCAGCUGGCGGCGGCGAGGCUCGCCACCGCGGGCAGAUCGGAGAAGGCGGCGCACGUGGUCGUGGUGAGCCAGUGCUUCCCGGCUCCAAACCUGUUCAGGUGCAAAGACGAGGUCAUACGCGACGGCGACGUGUGGGUUUACAGACCGGACGUGGGCGAGCUCCGGCGGAAGCUCGCGCUUCCCGUCGGGUCCUGCAAGCUCGCCAUGCCGAUCAAAGCACUCGGGGAAUCGUACGUGUCGUCGGCGCCGCGGCGGGAGGCGUACGCGACAAUCCUCCACUCGGAGCAGCUGUACGCGUGCGGCGCCAUGGUGGCGGCGCAGAGCAUCCGGAUGGCGGGGUCGGACCGCGACAUGGUGGCCCUCGUCGACGAGACGAUCAGCGAGCGCCACCGGAGCGCGCUGGAGGCAGCAGGUUGGAAGGUGCGCACCAUCCGUCGCAUCCGGAACCCGCGGGCGUCCAAGGACGCGUACAACGAGUGGAACUACAGCAAGUUCUGGCUGUGGACGCUGACGGAGUACGACCGGGUGGUCUUCGUUGACGCCGACUUGCUGGUGCAGCGCCCCAUGGAGCCUCUCUUCGGCAUGCCGGAGGUGAGCGCCACGGGGAACCACGGCACGGUGUUCAACUCCGGCGUCAUGGUGGUGGAGCCCUGCAACUGCACGUUCCGGCUGCUCAUGGACCACAUCGGCGACAUCCAGUCGUACAACGGCGGCGACCAGGGGUACCUCAACGAGGUCUUCUCCUGGUGGCACCGGCUGCCGUCGCACGCCAACUACAUGAAGCACUUCUGGGAGGGGAACUCCGCGGAGCACGCCGCCGCCAAGCGCCGGGUCCUGGCGGCCGACCCGCCCGUGGCCCUCGCCGUGCACUUCGUUGGGAUGAAGCCGUGGUUCUGCUUCAGGGACUACGACUGCAACUGGAACGCACCCGAGCUGCGGCAGUUCGCCAGCGACGAGGCGCACGCGCGGUGGUGGAAGGCGCACGACGCCAUGCCGCAGCGUCUGCAGGGGUUCUGCCUCCUGGACGAGAGGCAGAAGGCGCUGCUGCGGUGGGACGCCGUAGAGGCGAGGAAGGCCAACUUCUCCGAUGGACACUGGAGGGAAAGGAUAGCCGACCCUCGCCGGAGGAUCUGCGCCGGCGAUGAGGGGUGCCGCGAGAGGGAGAUCAAGGGCAGGCGGGUGGAGGGGAACAGGGUCACUACGUCCUACGCCAAGCUCAUUGACAACUUCUGACUUUUCCUUAUGAGAGCAGAAGCCCCGCAUCACAACCGUCGUCUGCUGAUUGGACGGCCCGUGUGUACCGCCACAUAUGCCCGCAGCUAGCUAGGGACGCAGAGAAGAAUAGUUUUAGUUUGGGCCUUCGACUUGAGAUGUUCAAGGUUUCAUGCUGUUCACCGUUUUUACGAGCUGGUGCAAAGCAUAUAUGCCACGAGGAGGAAUGUAUACUAAUUACCCUAGCC